CCUCGUAAAUAAACAAAUAAUGAAUCGCCAAAUUUAAGGUGCCCAAAGAGUGGAAGACAAAAAUUAUGAACGAGCCGACAAACAAAUUGGGAAAAAUCUUAAUUAGUUUCCGAAGAAGGGACGAAAGAAAUCGUACUACGAAGAAUCUAUGGUCUGGUUCGCAAGUUCUGCUUCUGUGGUUGAUUGACAGAAUGUUAUGCUAAUUGACAGGAUUAAACGUCAAAAAAUGUUAGAGGCACGACAUUCUCAAAAUACAAUUUUUGGAAUGGAUAUUACCGAAUCCUCGUUUAACGUUAAUAAUUAUAAUGUGCCCCAGGAAUCCGAGCCAUCCUAUUGCCUUUGCGGCCAACCCUACAAUCCAGAUAUAUUUAUGAUACAAUGUGACUCCUGUAAAGAUUGGUUCCACAGUAGCUGUUCAAACUUUCGGGAAUGGAAAACCAUUGAGAUAGAUAAAUACCACUGUCCAAGGUGUAAUCCUAUUAUAGGACCAUCUAUAUAUAAACCUAUAAACAAUUCUCAUCGACACGAUUAUUGGGACGCUAAUGCCACUCACAAGCCUGUUCAAACUGGCACGCCUGCUUUCAUACAAGAACUACGAACCAGGCAUUUUAUUUUAGCUGAUGAAAUUUUAGUUAAAAUGCCUGGUUAUGAAUUGACAGAAGAAUUUUUAAAAAGUAAAGGAUUUAGUAACCCUAUUCUAGUAGAACAUAAAGAAGGUUUAGAUAUGAUUAUGCCACCUGAAAAUUUUUCUUACAUAGAUGUAUUGAAGUUAAUUGGAGAUGAUAAAGAAAUUGAUGUUAUAGAUGUAUGUCGACAAGCAAAUGUGCGUAUGACGUUAGCAGAAUUUGUGGAAUACUUUGAUAAUAAUGAUCGAACUAGGAUAUUUAAUGUAGUUAGUCUAGAAUUUUCAAAUACAGGGAUGACUCACAUAAUAGAACCACCACUAAUUGCAAGAAAAUUAGACUGGGCUAAUACAAUAUGGCCAGACAAUUGUGAAGGCAGGCCACAAGUACAAAAGUAUUGUUUGAUGAGUGUUAAAGACUCUUAUACAGACUUUCAUAUAGAUUUUGGUGGAACCAGUGUAUGGUACCAUGUUUUGAAAGGUGAAAAAAUUUUUUUCCUUGUCAAGCCUACACCAGCAAAUUUAGCUUUGUAUUCUCAAUGGAUGACUUCAACAAAUCAGAGUGAAACCUUUUUUGGUGAUCAAGUGGAUCAGUGUUUCAAAUGUCAUGUAAAACAAGGUCAAACAAUGUUUAUUCCUACUGGCUGGAUUCAUGCAGUUUACACUCCUACCGAUUCGUUAGUUUUCGGAGGAAAUUUUCUACACAGUUUAAAUAUUAAUAUGCAAUUAAAUUGUUACGAAAUUGAGAGAAAGACAAAAACAGAAAGGAAAUUUCAAUAUCCCAAUUUUAUAAUGAUUAAUUUCUUUGCUGCCACGAAACUUUUAGAAGAAAUCAUUAAGAUAAACUUAGCAGGUAGCUCUAGGACACCUGAAAAUAUUCUGGUGGGAUUAAAAGCCCUCCAGCAAGCCAUUAAGCAUUGGAACAGUGAAAAAGAUUAUAAUUUAAGUAUAAGAGAACAACUACCUCUGGGAUUAAAUAUUCCAAAACUGCUCAAAGAUAUUGGAAAGGAAAUAAGGCACGCUGAAAGAAUAAUUAAUUAUUUAAACCCCCCAAAACCUGAACGUGAAUCCAAAAGAAAAAGAAAAAAACCGAUAAACAAGGAUUUUGUCGACUAUUCACUGUCUCCUAGAAAUAUGAAUUUUGAUUUCAUGCCUGUGCCUCAGUCAGAAUUUUCCCCUCCCACAUACUCUAAAUCUGCCAGCAAUCCAAAUUUGAAAUUAACUCUGCCAAAACCUGCCACGUUUCCUUACGAAAGGACUAAUGCAGGUCCUGUGGCAUACAAUAACCAAGCUCUACCCAGCAUGGGCAAUAGCCAAAUAUGGAACCAGAUUUUUGAACGCCCCCAAGAAACCGUAGCUGAAUACAAAGGAGGCACCGUUCUAAAAUUUAAAUUAGGUGUUAAAGAUAUAAUGCCCCCUGCGGUAGUGCAUAGCGAUGGUAACGUACAAACCAUAGAGUAUGGUGACAGUUUCGAAAAUAAAGACGUAUAUGAUUUUCAUGAUGACAGUGAUAGAGAUGAAGACUGCUUUAAUUUUACCAUUGACGAAAGUCCGAAAAGAAAGAAGGGCAGCCUCAAAAUUAAGCUACCAGCCAAAACAAAGAAACAUAAAACCAACGAAAAUCUUAGCACGAACGGAAUUGAAUCUUUACUCCAAGCCUCGCUAUCCGUGCCAUCCCAGGGGGGAACCUCACCAUCCACCUCGGAAGCCAUUGCCGGUAUGCUUUCUAUCAGUCAAAACUGGACGCCUAUAAAAAAUCGCCGCUACCAGCACAGUCCGGAGGAAGACGUGAAUAACGUCCACCAGGAUGAGGAUUACAUAUACCCAUCUUUGGACAAUUCCGACGAUGAAGAUGUGCACAUAUUCAAGCCUCGAGGCCGUACAAAAAUCGACGAGGCCUGGAAUCCCAAGGCCCGUGUGGGGCCCCUCCUGCCUAAAAUGAACCGUCCAGCGCGGGAGGGAACGAAGAAACAAGCCGUGGAAAAAGUUCUCGAAGCCGCCGCGGCUCGAAGGACCGCGGAUAGUGGAGAUAAGUGUUUAUUGGCGUCACCUAAACGCCAGUACAAACGGAAAAAGCCCAAACCAAAGAUAGAUCUGAGGGGCGGCGGUGCUGGCACCAAGCUGCUUCUGUCGCCUCGCACCAGCUCGAGUAAUUCUUCGAAUGCCCUGCCUGCAGGUGCUAGCGCCCAAAUCCAGUCGCUCACGCCCAAGCCGAGGAAGGGCAUGAAGACUGUCAAGCAACGAUUAGGUAAAAUACUAAAAAUCCACAAGAUGAUUCAUUAAACGAUAAGGCUAUCAUUUUUCUUUUGGCGGUGGUAUUGAGACAUAUUUUUUCCUUAUGUCGCGUUAUAUUAAAUAUUUUUAUCUAAUUGGCUCAUCUAUUAUUUAAAUCUAUUUUGUUUUGCUGCAACUUUAAAUCACUACUUUUUGGUGAAAACACUUUCCUUGUGCCAUUUACUCAUAAGGAAAAAAUCUGGAAUUAGUACAUUGUCUGUAUAAAAUUAAAUACUUUAUACAUAUAUACAAUAUUUAUUUUAAAAAUUCAUAUAUGCACUUACUACCACAUAUCGUCAGUGAAACGUAUUUAAUCCUGCUAACUCCAUGUUUUACAUUAAUUAAAUAAUACGUUUAAUAUACAUAAUUUUUAUGUUAAAUUUUUAACGAAAUAUUGAGUUGUAAUAUUUCCUCAACAAAUAUUGUGAUUUGGUUAUCAUAUUGACGCAUGCAUAUAAUUGCUACAGAUGUACAUAUUUUUUGUACCAUUAUUUGCUCUACUGUAAAAUUAUGAAUAGUGGAGUUUAGCUGUUUAACACAUUUCGCAGACGAUAAAAAGAAAGUGUAAGAAUUAGAUCUGUGAUAAUUUGAAAUAUUCUUCAGACAAAUUUAAUUUUAUUAUAUAUUAAUAAUAAUAAACAUGUUGUAAUUAACAAAAAUACUGUUGAAAAAUAUUUGCCUCUUUUUUCUCAGCAGUAUAAAUUUCUAUAAAUCUAGAGAAAACAAUAAUAAGGCAUAUAACACAUUCCUUUGAAAAAAUGUUUGUUUUUAAAAUGGACAUUAAUAUUUGUUAUAUUCCAUGGGAAAUUAUUGGUUUUCGCGAUUUGUCCGCAUAUAUAAAAUAAGUUUAUAUAGCGUGUUCAGGCCAGAACUUUAAACCGAGACAGAGAUAGAUUUGUCUUCCUACAGCGUAUCUGGGAAAGCCUAUAUUUUGGUUUCCGUCAUUUCCCAUUUCCACUUUUGCUUUUCGUUCAGCAUUUUUUUUAAUUGCAUCUCUCUCUCUGCAUAAAACCAUUCAUUGCCUCCUUAUAGGAAAUCCGCCAUGAAUUUAAUAUAUAUACGGAGGUAAAAUUAUAUUGUAUAACCAUAUUGUUUUCUCUAGAUUUUACAAUAUAUUUUUACUUUAAGUACAAGAUGAAACUCCAAGACCAAAAGUCCCUUGGUUUUGGUCUUGCAGUUAAUAAGUAGUCUUGGUCUUGUUCUUGCUGCAAGGCUCUUGCAAGUUGCAUUUUUUUAAUAUAUUUUGCUAGAGGCACUUCUUGCAUAGAAUUUUUUUUUUAAAUUUAUAGUCUUUAUAGUAAUUUAAUGCAAAUAAAACUUUAAAGGAAGACAUUAUUAGAAUAUUUGUCUGGCGAAAAUUUUUAUUGUUCAAUAUAUUACAGUCAAGAAAACAGUUUGUAAUAAAUAAAACAAAAAUUUUGGACAAAUAAGUAAUUUCAUUUAACAUAUAAACGUGCAAAAAAAAAUGCAAGACCGCAGGAGUCUUGGUCUUGCUAAAGUUUUACACUGGUCGGUCUUGGUCUUGCUUUUUGUGCAGAAGACCAAGACCAGUCUCGCUCCCCACUUAAUUUUAAACCAUUUUCAUUAACUUGUGAUGUGUAAUUUUUUUCAAUGUUAAAAAACGGUAAUUCGACAUAAUAUUUUCAUAGAUACCUAAUUGUAAAAUUUAUUGGGCGUUUAUAGCUUUUUGAUAAAUUUUGCACGUAUAGCUAGAAUAUUAUUAGUUUUUAAUUUUGAUGUAUAAUUGUAUUAUAUGUAUAUUUAAAAAUGUUUAGGGUAUUGAUUCAGGGAAGUUUUUCAAUUUCUUUUCUAUUCAUGUAAAUAAACAAGUACAUUUCUGUGAUCCUUGCAAAAUACUGUUUUGCAUUAUUAUAACUGAAUUUAUAUGUUUGUAUUUUUAAGGAUUUUUUUCACCUUUAGGAAUAUUAAUGUAAUUGAGACAUUUGUGUUUUACGUUAUAAGUUAGGUUAUAGACAUUUUCAAACUAAAGGUGUAAAAAUAGAAGAAAAAAAAUGCUACUAAGUCCAAAGCUCUCUGAAAUUUUUUAAUACAAAGAUUUUUACGUUAUAUUUUUAUUAUAAAUAACUUUACUAUUUUGGCAAUGAGGAAGGAAUUUAUGUUAUCUUGAUAACAUAGAUCUUGGAUAUAGUUUUUACUUGAAAAAAGUACUAUUUUUGGAUCUUAGUAGCAGGGUGAACUGCGUACAAAACACAGUAAUAGCACUUGACAUUCUGAUACUUGUAGAUGUAUACAUAGACAAAGAACACUCUAGUUGUCCA